CGCGCCCUCCUCCUCUCUCGGCUCUCGCUGCCACGAUGGGCCCACAGCCCCCCGCCUUCCUCCCUUGCUUCACCGCCGCCGCGGCCGCGCGCGCCCUCUCCGUCUCCGCCCGUCCCCACCACCCGACGCCCUACCCUUCUCCCGCCGCCGCGGCGCCCGCCUCCAGCCCGCACGCCUUCCACGCGCACCUCGCGUCCGUCGCGCCGCAGCUCCCCUCCCUCCUCGCCGCGCUCUCCCGCGCCCGCGCCGCGCGGCUCCCGCUCCCCCCGGCCACCCGCGCGCUCGCCGCCACCGCGUUGCUCCGCCAUGGCCGCCUCCCGGAUGCCCUCGCGCACUUCAGACUCCUCCCGGACUCCGAUCCCACCGCCCCGCUCCCCGCGCCGCUCUGCAACUCACUGCUCGCCGCGCUCGCGUCGUCGGCCGGGUCCCUUGCCCACGCGCGCAAGGUGCUUGACAGAAUGCUCGCGGGGGCCGUCGAGCUGGACACCGUCGGAUUCGGGGUGUUCGUCAAGGCCGUGGGCAGGAAAGAUGACGGACUGACCGAGGUCCUGCGGUUGGUGGAUGUGGUGGGCCGUCAGGGGAGCAGGAUUAACAGGUCGGUGGUGGCGGCAAUGGUCAUUGACGGUAUGUGUAGGGAGGGGAGAAUUGAGGGUGCUUGGCGUGCUCUGGAGGAGUUGAGGCUGCGCGGGUGGAAGCCGGAUUUCGUGGCGUACAGGAUAGUGGCCGAGGAGUUCAGGGUGGCGGGGAGGGUGGAGGAGGAAGGAUUGAUCUUGAAGCAAAAGAGGAAGCUCGGGGUCGCACCGAGGAAGGCUGAGUACAGGGAGUGUGUGCUCGAGUUGGUGUCCAACAGGCUGGUUACAGAGGCGAAGGAGAUGGCAGAGGCGGUUGUGUUGGGCGAUUUCCCGAUUGAUGAUGAUGUGCUCAAUGUUUUGGUCGGUUCAGUGUCUGACAUUGAUGUUGAUGGUGCUGCCAUGUUCUGCAAGUUCAUGAUGGGGAAGGGGAGAUUUCCAAGCACCGAGGUGCUUGUGAACCUUUGCGAGAACCUUUGCAAGAGCAAUAAGGGCGACGAGAUGUGGGAAAUUUUCAGGGUGCUUCUGGAGAAAGGGUAUUGUAAGAAUGCAAGGGACUACCAUUUGGUCGUGUCAUUCUUGGGCAAGGCUGGCAAGGUUAGGGAGGCAUAUGAUGUGCUCAAGGAGGUGAAAAGAAAGAGACUAGAACCUGACAUUUCGUCGUAUAAUGCUCUCAUGGAAGCAUUAUGUCGAAAUGACCUUCUUAGGCCGGCCAAGAAGUUGUGGGAUGAGAUGUUCACCAGUGGGUGUUGCCCAAAUCUGCAUACAUACAAUAUACUCAUAACAAAGUUUACAGAAAUGGGCGAAAGUCAACAGGUCCAACAGCUGUUUGAUCAUAUGUUCCAAAAAGGAGUGGCUCCAGAUUGUGCAACAUACACAUCCUUCAUCACUAUGCUAUGCCAGGAAAAUAAGUAUGAACAGGCCCUGGAGAUCUUUAAGAAAUCUUUGACACAGGACGCUGAAGUGGCUAGUUCAGUGUUGAGUAUGUUUAUCCUUGCACUCUGCAACCAAGGUAAUUUCAAAGCAGCAUUGAGCGUUAUGUGUUCUGUUCCAUCUCAUGUUGAGAAUUUGAAUUCCCAUGUCAUCUUGCUGAAGAAUCUAAUAGACGUUGGAGAAGUAGAAAUGGCCGUGGAGCACCUAGAAUGGAUUAGGAGCAACUGCAGCUCUAAUUUUCAGAACAUAAUGAAUGAACUCAUGGCUUCUCUAUCCACAUCUGCCAGUCUUCAAAAUGUGACAAAGCUGAUACAGUGUCUACACUCACAGAGGCUUGUUGAUGAUGCUGACCCAUGGAUGAAGUUGAUGUGAAAUGUAUAUGCUUGAAUUGCAAUUUUUCAAUGAGUAAUACAUCCACCUUGCAAAAGAGGAAAGAGUGAUUGAGACUAUUAUGUGGAUUGCUUAGGCACAAAACUGUAUUACAGAAAUAAGAUCUGUAUUGCAGUUAUGAAGUAUCACAGCCUCUCUGUUUAUGCCUAUCAAAAAAUGGCCAGGUUACGAAAGACACUGGAAAAUGUACAGCGUAUCCUAGCUGUUUUCCUUUUCUUGUGUUUAUGUACCAUGUUGUUUUCCUCCUCUUUUUGCUAGAUUUAGCGACAAUGCAUCUUACUGUGUAUGUUCCAAAAAAAUGAAUCCAGUAGUGAGAAUUAUACCAUGA